AUGAGAGCUGUUCCAUUAAGGGCAGCACUAGCAACAGCUAGGAGUCAAGCAAGAGCAGGCCUACUACCGUCUGUACGCACAUUGCACCAUAUUUCCAGCACAUGGGGACCACCGUCGGCAAACCUCGUGCCCAUAGUCGUCGAACAGACAGGAAGAGGCGAGCGAUCGUAUGACAUUUUCUCUCGCCUACUGCGUGAACGUGUAAUAAUGUUGUAUGGACCUAUACGGGAUACAGAUUCAGCCCUGACCGUUGCACAACUCUUGUUUCUUGAAGCUGAAGACUCCUCUAAACCAAUCCACCUAUACAUUAACUCCCCUGGAGGAAGCGUGACUGCAGGGCUGGCCAUAUAUGAUACAAUGCAGUACGUUUCUUCGCCAAUACACACCUAUUGUGUGGGACAAGCAUGCUCCAUGGGAUCCCUAUUAUUAGCAGCGGGUGAAAAGGGAAAGCGCCAUUGUCUUCCUAAUGCCAGCAUAAUGAUCCACCAACCUUCUGGAGGCGCUUCUGGGCAAGCUUCCGACAUUGCGAUUCACGCUAAAGAGAUUUUGCGUGUGAGACAUCUACUGACAAGUAUAUAUCAGCGACAUUGUGCCAAAGUAGAGGAGAGUGAGACAUCAGGGCUGGAGCGAUUCGAGAGGGCUCUGGAGCGAGAUUAUUUCAUGACGGGCAAAACAUUUUUAGCACAAGAAGCUCUUAACUUUGGAAUUGUUGAUGGCAUUCUGGAGAAGAGGCCAAGCUCCGAAGGCAAUUCAAAUUUGGAUGAUACACGAACUUAA